UCGGCCGUUUUGACUUGAGCCGAAAAAAAUCUGAGUGUUGUAAUAAAUCGGGUUCAUGAUUUCGACGGUAAUCUUAAUAUCGCUGGGAUCAAAUCAAGGUUAAAAUAAUGCCAGUGGUUUUAUUAGAACGUAUUCCUUUACCCAGCCUAAGAGCCUAUACAGGUUUCAGCGUAAUUUUGCUUGCAUGUGCACUUUUUUACGCCCACCAAGUGGUUUUGUCAGCACAACAUGAAGGUUUGGAUGUGCCAGUUGUUGAGACUGAUCCCGGCGGAGUGGAGGUCCAUUACAUGAACAUCUCUCUCCCUCAUGACAGCUAUUUUUGGAACAUGGUGUAUGUGAUGACGGCAGAAGCCUGGUGUGUUUGGACACUAGUCAACACUGCAUAUUGCUGCCUUAUCCUGCUCGGAAAGCUUGUUCAAAAAGUAGUUUUUGGGGAGUUAAGAGUCAGCGAACAACAGCAUGUGAAGGACAAGUUCUGGAACUUCCUCUUCUACAAGUUCAUCUUUGUGUUUGGGGUGAUGAACGUACAGACGAUGGAGGAAGUGGUCCUCUGGGUGGCCUGGUUCACCAUUCUUGGUUUCUACCAUCUACUGACGCAGCUUGCCAAGGACAGGUUUGAAUAUGUAUCAUUUUCUCCCACAACUCCACGGCUGGUCCAUGUGAAGCUGCUGUCACUGCUCUGCGUCAUCAUCCUGUCAUGCUGUGGACUGUUUGGCCUUUGUGUUCUAGCUGGAAUACAGAUGGGAAUCACCAUCUUUGCCUUUAUGGCAGCUGAGUGUGUGCUACUAGCAAUCAGGGCUAUGUAUGUGAUUGCAAGGUAUUGUCUGCACUUGAUAGAUAUGAACCUCGAGGGAGUCUGGGAGAACAGGGCCACCUACGUCUACUAUACAGAGCUCAUCUUCGAGCUUGCAGCACUUUCAGUGGACUUCGGACAUCAUUUACACAUGCUGCUGUGGGGUAAUAUCUUCCUGUCAAUGGCGAGUCUGGUGAUCUGCAUGCAGCUACGCUACUUGUUCUACGAAUUCCAGCGACGGGUAAAGAGGCACAAGAACUACCGACGGGUAGUCAGGAACAUGGAGCAGAGAUUUAGCAUGGCCACAUCAGAAGAAAUCAGCUCUAAUGAUGAUGACUGUGCAGUAUGUUGGGAGAAAAUGGAAACAGCCAGGAAACUGCCUUGUGGACACCUUUUUCACAAUUCCUGUCUGCGAUCCUGGCUGGAGCAGGACACAUCGUGCCCCACAUGUCGCCAGUCCCUCAGUGAUCGGCCGGCUGUUGACCCCAAUGGUAACAUCUCCGACAGAGUCAUUGACAACGAGGCCGGCGCCCAGCCACCACAGCUCGGGAACCAGACCACCAACCAUUUCUUUCACUUUGACGGUUCUCGCUAUGUGAGUUGGUUGCCCAGUUUCUCAGUGGAGGUGACACACACCAACAUGCUGGCCAACAACCGGCCUGUGCAGACCUCUCAGCUCGACAACAUGGCUCGCCAGGUGUUACAAGUGUUCCCCCACAUGCCUCGCAAUGCUGUGAUAGAGGACCUGCGUGUCACCAGAUCUGUGGACUUCACCAUUGAGAAUAUCCUUGAAGGCAGACUGCUAGCACCACCGCCUGGAUCCCUCUUGACGCGUACUGCCCUUGGGGAUGAUGACUCCACCUCAGAUGACUCAGAUAAUUACCAGGUGUCCACUUCUACGAGGAGCUCUGAUGCAGAUCUGCAGCGCUACUUCUCACUGCCCAGAGAGAUGGGGGACGCACAGGCCUUGCAGUUGGACAGAGUUUCCAAUGACCUUCCGUCCACUUAUAGUGGCAGGUUUUCAAAGUCUGGCAAUGAACGAGAGUCCAUGUUGGAAGAUAGGAAAAACACUAUGCUGGAAGAAGCUAGAAGGAGAUUUUUGUCGAAGUCCAAUGAUUCAAAGUCUGUGGAAGUCAGCGAAGAAUCUUCCUUGCAUCCAGAUCAUCCAGCCAGCAUGCCCGACUCUUCAACCAGCCACACCUUGACAGAACAAGAGGCCUCGUUUCAAGCUGAAUCUGGUUUCCCAGGCAACACUGGUAACCAUGGCAGCAAUUUGGAUGGUCUGAGGCAUCGUAGGGAGCUCGCGUACAAUGCAGCUACAAGAAGAAUUCUUGGACAGACAAAUGGUGUGCACAAUUCAGACAGUGAUUUGUGAUAGGGUUUCAUUUAAAAGCAUAUUGUGUAAAUUUGAAUUGUUUCAAUUGUUAUAAUUGUUAUAAGUGCACUUACUGCACAGGAAACCUAGAUAUCUUUCAUCUUGCUUAUGUGAAAAUAUGCAUUAAGAAAUUUUUAACCAAUGAAAUAAGAUCUGAGUGUGGUAGGAUGUAUAGUAUUUGCCUUUAUUUAGUAAGAUGUUCAGAUUUUUUAACAUAAUAAGUUAAAAUCUUCUUGUUAUGUUUAACUUAAACGUAUAGGGUGAAGGCUAUUACUUUACAUUGUGUCAUGUAACAUCAUAACACUUAAGUUAAUUCAUGUGUGAGUAUACUUGGUUGGCGUUUGCAUACGUUGAUUUUUGUGAUAAAUGAUUUGAGUUUUCUUCUGUCAUGCUAAUUAUUUGCUUAUUGUUAGCUCGACUAUUCACCAACCUGUACAAGCUAUUUUCCUUACCCAAAUGUAGGCAAAAUUUAAGGUAAACAUACAACACCCCCUCGUCACCAUUUUUUCUACAGGUAUUCAAUUAAAACUUGACACAAAGCUCGGUAAUUGUGUGAGGUAUUAUGACCAAGUUCCAUAACUCUCAACUGUAUUUUAGCAGAAUUAUGCCCCUUUCUGUGCUUUGGAAUUCAGGUAAAUAAACAUCUCCAUAAUCAUAAAUGUAAAAAAAAUAUCAGCUCAUUGACUUUUGGUUAGCGGUAUUUUCUGUAAUUGUGUGUAUGUAUCUUACAAACCUUUGUGCAUUUUGGGCUAAACAAAUAUACCUUACUUGCAUUAGAUGGAGGUAUAGUGCUGUAAUUGUGUGAUAGCUUACAUGCAGACCUAGGACGGUAUUGUAUAUUUUGACCUUACUGGUCAAAGUCUCUGCUGCUAACAGAAAAUGACAUGAUUUGUACUCAUUUACUUUUGCCUGGAUGUUGUAUUGUGCUCUGAUUUUCUGGUUCUUUAUUUAUAUGCAGACCUUACUUACAAAGAUAAUUAAAUUCAGCUAAAUUAAGUGGUAAAAAUGUGAAAAUCAUAUUUCUUGGUUUGUUCAUAUUUCUAGUUUUAAUUUAUGUAUGUUCAUGUUUUAGUUUACAUAUGCUCUAUAACUACCAGUGCUUUCCACAGGAUUUUUGUCAGGCGCUCUGGGGCUGAUAGGGGUGGUUGAUUUUUUUUUUAAUUUAACGUGUCAAUGGACGUUCUCUGAUGCGUUAUAACUCAAAGCAAAAAAGCGUUUGGUACGCUAUGACUCUUCAAGAAAAUCCCCGAGUCAUUUAAAAAUAUAUAUUGUUUAAUUGUAUUAAAAAUUGCCCGCAUAGAUAGUAAAAUCCCGACUCGAACGAUUCCCCAAUACAUCCGUUUCAACCCGACUCUAUUACUGUAUACUUACUACUAUUCAAGUUUCUAUUUAUUACCCGAUAUAACUCUCAUUUAUUCCGUUUUUAUAAAUCACUUUUUGGUAAAUAUUUACGAUAAAAGCUCUCAAUUAUUGCUUUUACACAAACCUUGCCAUUUUUCUAUAGUAUCUAAUAAAUUUUAAGUGACUAUUUAUAGAUUUGAUGAAAUAUUGCCUCUGAACUAGCGUCAAUCCCCUGAUGUGUUGUAAGCUUGUUAAAACGCUCAAUACAUGCACGCUUUAUAUGCAAAUGACGCGACUUUGUACAUGCUGCAUAAUUUUCGCGCUCUUUUUAAUUGAGAAAAAGAUUCGACACAAAAUAAAUUUGCACUGCUAAUUUGAAGCAAGAAUAUUUUAACGUUGCAGUAACAUUUACAUUCGGAAGUGUAUUUCGGAGUAAGUUUGUUUCGGAUUAAAAACGCGUUAACAUCGACUUACGGGAAUGGGUUUCGGAGUACAAAUUUAAUUAUUCCCAUUUGAAAUUUUAACAAAUAUUAACAGUUGCGUAAUGAAUUCAACGAAAAUUUGUUUUAAACACUUUACGAGUCGAAUAAAUGUUUUGUCGGAAAUAUGCAUGAAAAUCACGUUGUCCACGAGGUUUACGGCUGGUUGCCAUCAUCAGUCUUCUAAGUAACUUUUCUUUCUUAGUAAGAUUUCUGUGGCAAUUACAUGUACGUCACGAGUCGUCUGCAUGAUUUAACUGCAGGUAUUGCCUGCCUACUGCUGUCGCUCAUACAAAGCGUGCGCUCUCAUUGGCCAAUAUUAUUUUUCUAAUACAGCGACGCUUCCCCUUAAGGCCGGCUUUAGUUGGGUAAAGCGACAAACGAUCGUAAAUCGGCUAUCAAAAUUUUCGGCGAAUUCGAUAUCGCUUUAAUCUUAAGCUGCAAUAACGGUCAGAAUACACAGAUCGGAAAAUUUCAGGCGCCCUGCUGAGGGACCGUUAAAUUGCCUGUGGAAAGCACUGAUAACUACUAAAGAUAUUUAACUUCAAAUAUGCCUUUGUGGUGAUUUAAUUUGGCGAAUGAAAGAAUAUGUCCAUUAUAAAAUCAAAGCCGAAGGAAAGUUGAGCGCACUGUGUUUGGAAUGCUCUUAUGUUUUGGUAAUCAUGAUAUUCUCUUUAAUCAUACUACCAUAACCUUUUGACUUACUGUAAAGUUAUAAACUUAUAGUCUUA